UGCUCAGACAUGGCGGAGGAUACAGUGUAAGUGAGAUCAGCGUCGGAGUUACGUGAGUUUUCGCAGCAGUUGAAUCGGCUAAGGGCACAUGAAGUGAUACCGAAGAAGAGAAAAAUGUGUUCAGCUAAAGCGUACUCUGAAGGGAAGCUAAAAACGACGUGACCUGCUACACGUUAGUAAGAUGGAAAAAUGUAUCGCUGUUUAGUGCAGUCAACAGCCUUGGGCAACAAAUAUGGCUUCUUGUGCCUUUUUCAAUAUGCUAUAAAAAUUUAUCUCCCGUGCAACCUAAUGCCGUGGUGGCUCCGGCGAACUUCUGCAAGCCGCGAUAAGUUCAGUUCAGUAAUCGCUCGGUACUUUUGAUCUGUAAGGAUCCUACAUCCACUUGGCCGUCUGGGUUAGCUGGGAAGCUACGGAACUACAUCGGAUAGCAAUGGAGCCAAAGCACAAAGAGUUGCUAGACCAGUGCCACCAGAACUUGUUGGAGUCCAUAACAGAUGCGGACCGAGUGAUCGAGCUGCUGAUAGUUUCUGGUACCUUGAGUCAACUCGACAGGUUCGAACUGGACCAGAACUGCUCGUCCAGCGCCGAGAAAGUCGACCACCUUUUGAAGAUGCUGGUGAACAAGGAGAGCGACCAUUUCCUCGACCUGUGUGUGGCCCUGGAGAAGGCAUACCCUGACCUGUAUGCUGCCCUGUUCGGCAACAACGGUGGAGGACCUGUGGACCACUCCACCGGUUCUACAUACAGUGUCCUCUCCACCAUGCCAUCUGACUCAGAAAGCAGCAGUUCCCUCAGUAGUGUUGGUUCGCCUGUUAAUGGUGAAGCAUCCUCCCCUCCCCCAGCUAUCAACGACAACCGGCAUACCGGUGACAACCUGGACACCAUCUUAUUGCAGCUCCGCCAGGUAACCAGGGAGCGAGAUGAGCUACGUAAGCGUCUGGCGCUGGCAUCGCCUGGGACCACCUUCGAUGACUGCAGGCCAAAUUCCAAAGCCAGUCAUGACUAUGAGCGUCUAAAAAGCCAGUGCAUGAGGGCCAUGGCAGAUCUGCAGUCGCUCCAAAACCAGCAUACCAAAACACUUAAGCGGUGUGAGGAGGCUGUAAAGGAGGCUGACUUCUACCAUAUGCUACACAGCCGCGUCUUGGGUGACCAGGCACAGCUGAAGGAGGAGAUGGAAACACUCAGGAGGGACAAUGCUCAGCUUGUCCGAGAGCACAACCACCUUAAACAGAACUGCGAGGAGCUCAAACGAUUGCACGGUCAAGACCAGAAAGAGUUGGCAGACCUUCGUCUGCAGCAACAGCAGGUCAUGAGAGAGAAGGGCUCGUCAGAGGUGUUAAAUAAGUUGUAUGACACAGCUAUGGACAAGCUGGAGGGUGUAAAGAAGGAGUAUGAUGCCCUCAGUAAGCGCUACAGUGAGAAGGUGGCUAUCCAUAACACAGAUCUGAGCCGCCUGGAGCAGACUGAGGAGGAGAACCGGAGGCUACAGAAGCAAAUGGAUGCGUUGCUCAAACAGCGAGACUCAGCCAUGCACUACCAACAGCAGUACUCUACCUCGAUGAGGAGGUUUGAUUCAGUUCAGCAGGAGCUGAACAAGUCUUCAGCUCAGAACAAGGAGCUGCAGAGAGAGAUGGAGCGGCUGCAGUCGGAGGUGACUCGCUACAAGAACUUGCAGCUGAAGGCGUCCAAGGACUGCGAGAAGUACAAGGAGGAGAGGGAUUCUGUGUUCAACGAAUAUCGUCUCAUCAUGAGUGAGAGAGACCAGGUGAUCAAAGAGCUUGAUAAGUUGCAGACUGAACUGGAGGCAGCUGAGGCCCGACUGAAAAACACUUCAUCGGAGAGGGUUGUGGCCAGUGAAGAGAUGGAGGCACUCAGACAGGAGUUGAACUCGUCACUGGUGGACCGGGACAGGGCCAUCUGUGAGAGGAACGAGCUACUAGAGAAGUACUGCCACGAAGUGAAGGACAAAGCAGAGGCCCAGAAGGAGCUGAGCCAGGCCUGCAAAGACAUUGAGACGGUCAGGGAGGAGAGGGACGUGGCCCGCAAGGAGAGGACAGAGGCCAUCAUUCAAAGGGAUCAGCUGCUUCGUGAAUAUUAUCAGGCCAGACAAAAACAAGACUCCGCUACCCUGGACAUGGAACGGGCCAAUAAGGAGAUUGAGAUGCUGAGGAAACAGUAUGAGGCCAUGUCCCAGGAGCUGAAGGAGGCCACACAGGAGGCUGAAGUGGCCAAAUGUCGAAGGGACUGGGCUUUUCAAGAGAGGGACAAAAUAGUGGCGGAGAGGGAGAGCAUAAGGACUCUGUGUGAUAACUUGCGGCGAGAAAGGGACCGGGCGGUCAGUGAUCUGGCUGAUGCCCUGCGUAAUUUGGAUGAUAUGAGGAAACAGAAGAAUGACACACUGCGAGAGCUUAAAGAACUGAAGGAAAAGGUGGAGAGCCAGUUGGAGAAGGAGGCCCGAUUCUGUCAGCUAAUGGCCCACAGCUCUCAUGACUCUGCCAUCGACACAGACUCCCUGGAGUGGGAGACAGAGGUGGUAGAGUUUGAGAAAGACAGGGAUGACAUGGAUUUGAAGGCACUUGGAUUUGAUAUUGCUGAGGGGGUAAAUGAUCCAUAUUUACCAGGCGAUUGUGGAAUAUUUGUUACAAGGGUGGACAAAGGAAGUAUUGCAGAUGGAAGGUUAAGAGUGAAUGAUUGGUUGUUGAAGAUUAAUGACAUAGACUUGACCAAUAAGGACAAGAAGCAGGUGGUGAAGGCUGUCCUUAAUGGGGGAGGAUUGAUCAAUAUGGUGGUACGAAGAAGGAAAUCUCUGGGAGGAAGGCUGGUCACCCCUGUUCACAUUAACUUUAUGGGACAUAAAGACAGCGGUAUUGGUCUGGAAAGUGGGGUGUUUGUUACUGCCAUUGUCCAGGGAAGUCCUGCUGCUAGGGAUGGGUCUCUCACAGUUGGAGACAGACUGAUUGCUAUAAAUGGAAUUGCUCUGGAUAACAAGUCUGUGACAGAGUGUGAGGCUCUGUUGAGGAACUGCAGGGACUCUCUCAGCCUAUCUCUCAUGAAGUUUUUCCCUCACAGUACAUCAGGACAGAAUAUCUUUGAGAGUCUGCAAACGUCGGAGAAGCCCAAUGGGCGCAUUCACCUGUCAGAGGUCCACUCCCGGAACAGCCGUAACUUCAAACACAACAGCUCGACACAGACUGACAUCUUCUGCCCUGAUGUUGGAAGUGCAAGCACAAGCAGUAUCUCUGGGGAGAGGAGGAAGGUCAGAGGUGAAUCUGAUGAGAUGUAUGGUGACAUGAGCAAGCCGUUCUCUCCGGGUUCCCUUCAUGCCACUAGCCUUCGGCCAGCUUCAGACUUGGGAACUGGUCGCUAUGGACCCAGUGCUUUCCAAGAGUGCUGUCCCUAUCCAAAGGCGCCAUCCUCAUUGCCCUUUGAGCCUGUUUCUCCCUCUGAAUGCAUCGCUAUGGAGACAACUCUGGAAAAGAAGCACAGUGGGGGAACUUGGCCCAAGAUGAUGGUGGGAGGUAUGUCGGUUGCACCAGAUAACCCCAGUCCAGUCACAACAGCCACUCAACUCUCCAUCUAUAAAUCGCCCAAGCAGAGGAAGUCUAUCUUCGACCCAGACACAUUCAAACGCCCUGAAACACCUUCUUCUAAGAUGGAGUACAUGGCAGCCAAUCAAAUCGCAACUGUAGCGGCGGCUGCAGCUUCUCAUUCCCCACAGCCUUCAAAGACGGAGUCCCUCUCUUCCUCUUCCACUCCUACCCCAACGCCCCCAACCCCUCCCACUCGCAGCGACUCUUUUAAAUUUAAACACAAACAUCAAAGCAGCUCUGCUUCUGACUGCACAAUCACCUCAGAGGGCAAGGGAGAGGCUUCCAUCACCAUGGCAGCAGGAGAGAGCAGAGACAGAAGUGAACGGGAAAGAGACAGGAACGGAAACCACUAUUUCCUGGAUGGCAAGGUCCUCACCUCUAGAAAGUCAUGUGAUGAGGACAUCGGCCGUACUAGAGGAGAGGAACCAGAGGUAAAGAGGCCACGCCCUAAAUCUGCCCCCGCUCUUCGGCAUAGGAGGACCCCUCAGACCAUCACUCUUCCUACCUUCCAAAGCUACUCCAAUGAUGAGCAUUCACCAGAGCCCAGAGACAUGCUGCGUUCUUCCCCCAGCCGCUCUCAAAGACACAGUGUUGGCUUUGUCCCUACAGUCUACAACGGCAACCUACCUCCUAACUCGGCCCACCGUGGACUGUCUCCUUGCCCUGCAGUGACGGCUGUGAUGAGGAAUCCAGUGUACACCGUGCGCAGUCACCGUGUUCAUACCAGCAACUGUCCAUCUGUUGCAUCUCAGAUAUGUCACCAGCACACCCACACCAGCCCACAGCAUCAGGGUCGUCUGAGCCUGGACCUGAGCCAGCAGAAGCACACAAGUGACUACUCUGAAUCCUCAUCAUCACGCAGCAGCAGAGCUUCACACGGUACAAACUCACUGCCCUCCAGUGCACGGCUCGGUUCUUCCAGUAAUGUUCAGUACCGUACUGAAAGGAUCAAAAUCCCAUCCACUCCACGAUACCCACGGUCUAUGCUGGGGUCAGACAGAGGCUCCCUGUCACACUCGGAGUGUAGCAGUCCCAGUCUUAUCACGCCUCCACAGUCACCGCUAAAUCUGGAGACUUCUUCCUUUGCCAGCAGCCAAUCACAAGGUUCCAUUUCCACUUUACCUCGGAUCUCAGUCAGUCCUGUACCAAUAGGGGAGCGCAGGAAAGACAGAUCUUUGUACCGUAAUCGCUCUUUUCUAAGGAUUCCUCUGGCUGCAAGGCCGAGGUUCUCCUCUCUCAGGAGCCUCAGACCAUACUUGGAGGAACCACGCAAUGUCAUUGUGCACAAGGGUGCAGAGCCUCUGGGCAUCUCCAUUGUCAGUGGGGAGAAUGGAGGAAUCUUUGUUUCAAAAGUUACUGGAGGUAGCAUCGCGCACCAGGCAGGGUUGGAGUAUGGAGACCAAUUACUGGAGUACAAUGGUAUUAACUUGCGGAACGCUACUGAGCAGCAAGCUCGUCUCAUCAUUGGCCAACAGUGUGACACCAUCACUAUUAUGGCCCAGUACAACCCACACAUGUACCAGCUUGGCAACCAUUCACGCUCCAGCUCCCGUCUGGAGCCAGUCAGCACUCAGGCGACUCCCCAGGGAAGCGGGACCGCCACUCCUGACAAUCACUCCACCAUCGAUACGCUCAGCGAACAGGACGAGGGAACACUCACUCCCUCAUCCAAGCAGACCACACCCACUACUAGUCCUCGCAGUUUCAUCAGGAUGCCAUCAGAGGGCAGCAGGAAAGUGGCUGAGCCCCGGCUUGUGACGGUGCGCAGGCCUGGUGUGGAAGUAGGAGUCACGCUCUGUGGAGGUAACCUGCGGGGCGUCUACAUCGAGAGCAUAGAUGAGGACAGUCCUGCCAAAGGCCCUAAUGGGCUACUUGCUGGGGACCUUAUCCUGGAGUAUAACUCGGUGAAUAUGAAGAAUAAGAUGGCAGAAGAGGUGUAUGUUGAGAUGCUGAAGCCUGCAGAGACAGUCACUUUAAAGGUGCAGCAUCGACCCGAUGACUUCAUCAUGGUCAAAGAUGUUCCAGGAGAUGGCUUUUACAUUAGAGCACUUUACGACAGGGUGGGCGAGGCUGAGGGGGACCUCAGCUUUAAGAAGGAUGACAUCCUGUACGUGGACGAGUCUUUACCAAAGGGCAGCUUUGGGACCUGGAUGGCCUGGCAGCUAGAUGAGAACGCUCAGCAGAUCCAGAGAGGACAGAUCCCCAGCAAGUACAUGAUGGACCAAGAGUUUUACCGCAGACACAGUGUGACAGAAAUGAAGGAAGAUUCCAGUAAGACUCUUUCUGCAGCCGCUCGCAGAUCCUUCUUCAGGAGGAAACAGAAACACAAACGCAGCAGCUCCAAAGACAGCAAAGAGAUGGUGGCUCUGGACACCAUCAGCACCGACUCCAUCCCUUUCCUUGAUGAUUGCGUGAGCUUGGCAUACCAGCGGGUCCAGAAGGUGGAGUGCACCUCUCCCCGACCUGUGCUCAUACUUGGGCCUCUUACAGACCCCGUCAAGGAGAUGCUUGUGAAAGAAUCUCCUGGGAAGUUCUGCAGAUGUGUUCUGGAGGUGAUGAAGGCAUCCCAACAAGCCAUCGAGCGCGGUGUCAAAGACUGCCUCUUUAUCGACUACAAGCGCAGGAGUGGACAUUUUGACGUGACCACUGUUUCCUCUAUAAAGGAAAUCACGGAUAAGGGCUGUCACUGUUUGCUUGACAUUGCCCCACAUGCCAUCGAAAGGCUCCACAGCGUUCAUAUUUAUCCUAUAGUUGUCUUCAUCCGCUACAAGAACUCCAAGCAGAUCAAGGAACAGAAGGAUCCAAUUUAUCUGCGGGACAAAGUAUCUCAAAAACAUUCCAAGGAGCAAUUUGAAAGUGCACAGAAGAUAGAACAAGAAUACAGCAAGUUUUUCACAGGUAUUGUCCAAGGCGGCACCCUUCCGUACAUUUGCACUCAGAUCAUCACUAUAGUUGAUCAAGAACAAAGUAAAGUCCUGUGGACUCCACUUGGCUGCCCCUAGAGGAGACUGGUUGCCUCUACAGCGAGCUGCGCCUCUCAUCUCCAUUCCCCAAACUCUAAUUAAUCCUUUCAUAUUAUACCAAUAGGUACACUACAGUGAGCUAGUUGUGUAAAUUAUUGAUAUUUUUUUAUUUUGUCUUUGUUAUGAUUUAUAAUCAGAGCCUCCUUUAUUUCUGACGUACUCCGGAGCAGGUUAGCACUGGAUAUCAGCGUUAAAGUUCAAUCAGUCUUCCCUAAGGAUUUCUGGUGGUGUAUUUGUAAAGCUGCAUUGUAAGCAUCCGUUUACAGUCACAAGACAAGUCUGAAUAUUGGUGUUCAAUAUUUGCUUGAUUGCGUGUCCUUCCCUCAUCUAUCUCAUGUCCACAAACCUCAACACUAAUGAAGUUCAAUUACACCUAACCCCACUCCCUUCCCAUGUACCAAAUGAGACUUGUGGUUUCCCUACAAUUAUGCACCCAUUUGAUGAUGACUGACAACUAAUUGUAUUAUUUUCGUCUGUGUGUGUGUGUGUGUGUGCAUGUGUGUGUGUGUGUGUGUGCAAGAUUGAGAACUUUGAGACUGUUCACAAUUAUAAUGGCAAUUUUAUCUGAAUUGGAUCAUGGUUGUUAGCACGAGUACGAUGCUAUAGAAAUGGAUUGCCAGGAUCGAGCAUCACAUUCCUUGUGGUGUUUCAUCACAAAAGUGCAAAAGCAUCAAAUCUCUUUCAAUAUGUAGCUUGAUCUUGCUGAAGUCGCCUGCCAGCACUCAUUGAGGUUUGCUCUAUGCAUCGUGUUUCUGUAGUAGCUGGGUGUGAGGACAGGUUAUGGGCCUUGCAGAAGUGCCUUUGGAGAAAAAGCCUGAUCUGAAACCAGCCCUAAGUCGUUUAGCCAGAACUCUGAAGGUUUUCAAAAGUUUUUUUCUUCAAUGCAUCAUUUCAGCCAUCGCGGAGUUAGACGAUUUAAAGGCCGAUUUAAGACCAGUACAGUUUACAGAGCAUGACAGAAGAGAGGUUUUGAGGGUCAGCCGAAGCUGUGGCCAACGGGUUAACUCCUCAGAAUGCACUCCAGGGCUAGACAGACCACUGUGUAACUCGUCCUUUCUCUUAAACAUGUAACAACAAUAUAGAGUAUACCAUAGACAGUAUGCAGAUACAUCUUGGAAAAAGGAAACAUAUAUAAAAGACUAUAUAUUAUAUGUAUUUUCACUAAGUGAUAUGCCUAGGAACGUCUGGCAGUCAAGUUAUGUCUUAGCAGGUAUUAGCAUGUUUUUUAAAAAAGAAUUUGAGUUUUUUGUGGUUGGUUGUCAGUCACUUAUUGAUGUACUCAUUAUAAGAGACACUAUACAGCAAAGUUGCAGGGUAAUGCCUUCAAGGAUUUUCCUCUGAUCCGUUCAAUGUUAGUGACUUUUCAUUGUUAUUUAAUUGUAUUUUUUUACUAUUAUUCAGGAGGCAAAAAAAAAAAAAAUAUAUAUAUAUAUAUUAUCAAAAAUAUUCUGCCCUUCCUCAAAACCAUGUCUUGUAUCUUAUUUGUGCCAACAUCCACUAAGGCUACUUUAUCCUUUUAUUUCUAUUUUGCACUUGUUUAUCUGUGAACCUUAAACAUGUAACUGUUCUUAGGUUUCCAGCAAACUAUGAAUAGGUACUAUAAUGUCUACUGUAACUAAUUCAUGUUUUUAUGUAUCACAUCAGUUCCUUACAUUUCAUUGAUGGCCUUUUAUUCUUAAUUAGAAAAAAAGGAUCACUUCUUAUUUGAAUUAUGAAAAAGGGAUCUAUUCUUGCACAGUUUUUUCCAAUAAAAAUUUGUCCACAACUUUGACUAUUGGGUUAAAAGAGUAAGCAGAAGCAAACUGUAUUGUUACUAUUUUUCUGAGUAGUUAGUUUAACCCACGUUAGAGCGGGAUACAACAUGAAAUGGUUGUAUAUUUAGAGAAAGGGUCUUUCGAAGAGUCUAGGCGCCAGGUACUGAUUGAACUUUUCUUUUAAUGAAAAGAAUGUGAUUUGUAUGUUGACACAUUAACAUGAGAAUAAAACUUUUUUUUUCUGAAUCACA